UUUGAACCAUGCGACAGGUCGCUACAACUCGUACUCCAAGAAACGAUCUUUUGAGGCCUUUUCUGAAAGCGAUACGUAAUAAUAUCACAUCGCUCUUAUGGCGCAAGGCCGUGGGUCCAUGUCGUGAUGCUUUUUUUUCUCCAGCCUCGGGAAGGAAAAUUUUUCGUAUAUUACGUAUAAUAGACCCAUCCGGAUAUUAUACUUGGUGCUUCAAUGGUUUAUCAGUUUGACGCUUAAUCAACUCUACCCCCAGGUAGAGAGGGCCGCAUCUAUCAUGGCUUCUGAAAUCGAGGAGAAGCACGCAUACAACAAUAGCAAUGAGCUUCCGGUCCAGAAAGAUGAAUUGGUUAUCAAUGUGGGUGGCCGGGGAGCUACACAGCGCCGUCUCCGCGACUACCAAGUUUCGAUGAUAGGUUUCUGUGGUGGAAUUGGAACGGGUCUUUUCGUCGGUACAGGUGCUGCCUAUGCUAGAGCUGGGCCGGCGGGAUUGUUGCUUGCCUUUAUUGUCGUCGGAAUGGUACUUUGGUGUGUUAUGCAGAGUAUCGCUGAGCUUGCUACGUUAUUGCCGUCUGCGGGAUCAUUCCCUCACUGGGCGACCCGGUUUAUUGAUCCCGCCGUCGGAUUUUCACUGGCCAUUUCUUAUGGAUAUUGUUAUACAAUCGCUAUAGCUUCCGAGGUCUCAGCAGCCGCCGUUGUGGUCUCUUACUGGACUGAUCUGACGCCGGCUGUCGUCAUUACGGUUGGCCUGGUAUUGAUUCUGGCCAUCAACCUCGUCAAUGUACGCUUUUAUGGCGACGUCGAAGUCGCCAGCGGUUCAAUCAAAGUUCUCUGUUUCCUGGGACUCGUCAUCGUCGCCAUUGUCAUUACAGCCGGAGGCGGUCCGAACCAUCAAACCAUAGGAUUCCGCUACUGGCACAACCCCGGUGCGUGGACGAAUUAUAAUGGUAUCACAGGUUCGACAGGCCAUUUUCUCGGAUUCCUGUCUUCGUUUGUCAAUGCAUCAUUCAGCUUCAUCGGUGUCGAGACGGUCGUCAUUGCAGCGGCCGAAGCAGUUAAUCCGCACGAAUCGAUCCCCAAAGCUGCUCGGCGAGUGACAUAUCGAAUUGCUCUUUUCUAUGUGCUGGGUGCUUUAUUGAUCGGAAUCAUCGUUAGUCCCAAGAACCCGGAUCUUAUCUCUGGUAGCGGAAACGCGAAUAGCUCGCCCUGGGUUAUUGCGAUUCGUGAAGCCGGCAUCCACGGUCUUCCGUCUGUCGUGAAUGCUUGUAUCCUGGUGUCAGCUUGGUCCGCUGGCAACUCCUACUGUUGGGUUGGCUCGCGAAUGAUCGUGGCGAUGACCACAGACGGUUACUUGCCGCAGGUUUUCGGACGAGUGACUAAGAAGGGUGUUCCAUACGUGGCUGUUAUUACUGCCUGGUUGUUUGGUCCAUUCGCAUAUCUCAGUCUCGGCUCCGGCGGCGCCGCUCAAGCUUUCACCUGGCUACUCAAUCUCAGCACCGUGGCCGGUUUGAUCGCCUGGGCCACUCUUUCUUUCUGCUAUAUUCGCUUCCAUGCCGCUAUGAAAGCACAAGGAGUCAGCCGGGAUACUCUUCCCUGGAAAUCCCCCUUUCAACCAUAUACUGCAUGGGUCGGGUUUGUCGGCUCGACGAUUAUCACGCUCGUUGCAGGAUUCCCAGUCUUCCUAAAGGGCAAUUGGGACACGUCAUCUUUCUUUGCAUCGUAUAUCGGUAUCCCUAUCUUCAUCGUUCCCAUUUUCGUAUGGAAGUUUGUUCAUCGUACAAAGUUUGCCCGUGCUACCACUAUCGAUCUCUAUUCAGGCCGAUUGGCAGAAGGAGAGAUUAUACCUAUUCCAAAGCCGGAUACAUGGUGGCAACGUGUAUUGGACUGGAUAUUCUGA